CUAGCAUUUAUGUUUCAUUGCUCUUACUUGUAUUACCAUCAAUCUCGCUGCGAAUUCGUCUCACACUAUCGACCGGGUCAACCUAUACCUGCUGGCGCCAAACUCUUCGGAUGAUAUCACGGUUUCGAUCACCCUUCGAGAGGAGUGGGAUUUCACGGUCGUCUAUCCUAUUGUCUGUCAAGCCACAAAUGAGAUCAAUAACACGUCCACGGCCUCCUGGUCAGUCAACUUUCUCUCAAACGGCAUCAUGCUCGACAAUAUGUCGCAAAUUCUAUGCUCCUACAUCUUCUGGGAGGCCGAGGCCCUCCGAUCUAUCCCAUAAGUGUCUCUCGCCAUGGAUACCAAUUCAUAUUCGCCCCAGCUAACCCCCUCGCCUGCAUCGAAGAGAGCUACACCAUCACCUUUUCCUUCGAUUACUCUUCCGUACCCGGGAGCCAUACUCCCGACACUCGGUCUCACACCAGCCAUGCGAAUCGAGUUCAUGGUCUACUGGCUUCUCUCAUUACGGUAUAUUCGCGACCGAGGCCAGCACAUAAAUUUUAUGUUCGUUCCCCAAGCAGCCUUGUUAAAGGCUGCGGAGCUGAAAGUUGAGGGCGGCCCGGUUCCGAGUAUAGUGGCGCGGGUUUUCAUGUUGUUCGCCGGUGUUGAGCCCGAAGAGGACUAGGAAGUAUCUGAGGAAAUGAUUCUGGAUGCGAAUGAUGGAUCUGAGAAUGGCUUUAUUAAUUGGUCGGAUGCAAUUGACAUCAAUGCAGAGUGGGGGAUCUCCGGAAGAUUCGAUGUAGAUCCAAUCGCGUUGCAGUACUCUGUCAAAUUUUGACUUGCAGGAUAGGAGGUUCGCGGCUACUUUUGGAAGACGUCUGCGAUGAAGGUAAAUGGCUCCUGAACCUGCAGCACUAAGUUAGCUCUUCCUCUCAGAAACAGCGCAUGGCUACUGAGAUGACCAGAGAUUGAAAUAACAAGCACGAUGGUACGUCUUCAUCACCAGGCACCUUCGCAAUAUCAAUGUAGCAAACGGUCUUCUCCCAGCAUCCAGUGACCGUCUCUCCCGUGCUUGUUGAAUACAGGAUCCUUUCAUCAUCGAUCUUUGAAUAACAAGUGUCUCACGUUUUCCAUGGCAG